UACGUCGCGUUCAAAGUGACGCGCAGGGGGGACGCGGCAGGCACCCCCCCCCUCCUCCUCCUCGAAUGGCUCAACGUGAGGGUGGUGGAACCCUCGCACCGUGAGACGCCUGCCGAGUGCUCUCUGCAGCGUUUAGAGAUCAAAGUGGUGGUGGUGGUGGUGGUUGUGGUGGGGCCAGGGGCCAGUGGGACGCGCAAGAUGAACGUGGCCGAGUCGAGCGAAGACUUUGAGAGUCAAGAGGUGCCCAAGGACAUGGUGGUGGUGGAGGUGGCCGGGAGCGACAUCCAUAUCUGCGGCACGUGCCGGCAUCAGUUUCACAGCCUGGAGGCGUUCAUCACUCACAAGCAAGAGAACCAGUGUCCACUCCACACGGAGAGCAACAUCUACAUCACUCCUGCGAACGUUAACCCGCCAUCCGCAGAAUGCGUCUUCGACGCCGCUUCGAUGAUCAGCCCUGAGGUUAGCAGGAGUCCUUCUCCCGUCCACAGCCUGGAGGUCGUGAACUCCACCCCUACAAAGAAGGCCGAGGCUACUGCCGCCGCCGCCGCCGCCGCCGCUGCUGCUGCUGCAGCGACCGCUGCCGCUGUCGGAGCGGCGGGGAAGGUGAAAGUAACAAAAGAGAAGAGAUACGAGUGCAAAUUCCAAGGAUGUAAUUUUAAAACUGCUCACACGAAGGACAUCACAAGACACGUACGCACGCACACUGGGGAGAAGCCGUUUGAGUGCGGCGUGUGCGGCAAGGCGUUCUCGCGGCGGGACAAGCUGCAGCUGCACGCGCGCGCUCACACGGGCCGCCGUCCCUACCAGUGCAUGGAGUGCGACUACUCAUCGUCCGACGGCAGCAGCAUGCGCAAGCACCUGCGCACGCACACGGGCGAGCGGCCCUUCCGCUGCCAGAUCUGCCCCUACGCCAGCCGCAACGCCAGCCAGCUCGUCGUGCACCUGCGCUCGCACACCGGCGACUCGCCCUUCCACUGUCAGCUGUGCAGCGCCAAAUUCAAGAUCAACUCGGACCUCAAGCGGCACAUGCGCGUGCACUCGGGCGAGAAGCCCUACAAGUGCGACCACUGCGACUACCGCAGCUCCAUGAAGGCCAACGUGAAGUCGCACGAGCGCUCGCGACACCGCCUCGAGCAGCAGCAGCAGCAGCAGCAGGAGGGGAAGCCGGCACGGCCGGCGCCGGCACCGGCGCCGGCGCCUCCGCCGGCCGUGCCGGCCGUGGCGGCCCCGGCGCCUCUGCGCUGCGACUACCGCGGCUGCGACUUCGCGUGCGAGGGUCGCACGGCCAUGCGGGCCCACGCCCGCGCCCACGGCAUCGCCGCCUCGCCGCGGCACCGGCGCUCCGGGCGGCGCUCGGAGGAGCGGGGAAGCCCCGCGCGGACGCCGUCGAAGCAGCAGCAGCAGCAGCAGCAGCAGCAGCAGCGGCCGCACGGCUGCGAGGCGUGCGGCGCGGCCUUCGUGCGCGCCGACUCCCUGCGCUCGCACCGGCGGCAGCACGAGGAGGUGGCGCGCACCGUGCAGAGCGCGGCGCUCGCCGUGCUGCAGCUGGGCGGCGGAAUGGCGCAGGGGGAGCGGCGGCGGGAGCGGCUGGCGCCGGGCGACGGCCGCGCCGCGGACGGGGCCGGCGGAGCGAUCGCCGUGGCCGAGGAGGAGGUGCUGCGGAUCGUCAUCGCGGGCCCGCCGGUGCCGCCCAGCGACGAGAUCGUGAGGGCCGCCAUGCGCAUCGCGCACGGCGGCGGCGGCGGCGACUGCGGCGGCGGCGGCGGCGGCGGCGAGGUCGGCGGCCAGGACGAGGCGGCGGCCGAGGCGGCGGCCGAGGCGGCGGCGGCCGCGGCGGCGGCGUCGCAGUCCAGCGCCGUGCGUCUGCUGCACGAGAUGGGCCUGCUCGCGUCGGCGGCCGGAGGGAGCGCCGCCGCUGCCCCGGCUGCCCCGGCGUCGGAGGAGGAGGAGGAGCAGGGGAAAGAGCCUGACCGGCCGCCCGUGAGCGAGAGCGUCGGCGCCAGCGAGCGCGCCGUGGGUUCGACCCACACGCCACGCCGACCGGCACCGGCUGGGAACCACGACAAGAGUGAGGAACUGCGGCGAGCGGAAGAGCUGCGGGCGCUAUCUGACGACGGAUCAUCGCGCGCCGACGGCGAGCGCCGGGCGUGGGGCCGCGAGCAGCCCUCGUGA